AUGCGCCCUUUAAAAGCCCUGAACGAGUGUAUCGAGAUGCCAUGGUGUGUCCGAGAGGAAUCGCAAAUAAGACUGGCGUAUCGAUAUCUUCUAAAACCUAUAGCUACUACGGGUGCAAACACAUGGAGUGGGUCGCCUUUCAACGAGCCACUGGCGAAUUCAGGUCCCGGGUAUGACAUAUGCUGGGUUAACUUGCCCUGGAAAGGGUUAGGUGACAUCCAGCAAUCAGCCGAGUACGUUGCAUUCGGUAUCAAGUAUUUUUCGUCGUUAUCACACGCCUCGGGCAACAAAAUCAAUGUCAUUGGACAUAGCCAAGGGUCUGGCUCUAGUAUCCAGUGGGCUUUGACGUUUUGGCCUUCAAUAAAACCUUUAGUUUUGAACUUCUUCUCAAUUGGUGGGACUUUUCAAGGAACGAUUGAAGCUACGCCAAUGUGUUUCUUAGAAAAUCUAUGGGGAGGAUGCUUGCCCAGUCCUUUACAGCUCAAGCCCAAAUCCAAGUACAUGAAGGCCCAGAAUUCUGAAGUGGACGAACACAGUGGCGCAAACGCUCAAGUACUUCAAUGGGAAGGUGGGGAGGGGAAAACCUCUUUUCUCAAAGGUGCAACCAUGUUGAACCUCCAAUCUGAAAAGCUGUGCGGGAAAGGUCACGUUGUCGGACAUCUAGGGAUUGUGGAGGAUAUGGCAACCUUGAAGAUAAUUGAAGCAAUUAUUCCUUCUAGCAAUCUGAUCACCAAUGAAUUGGAAAGUUUUGAUAAGUCAAACUGCCGACACCUUGUGGGGCUAUGGUUCCACUUGAUUUCUAGGUGGCAAUACGUCUUAAAAGUCGGGCUGAAUUUCGUGAUUGGUCCUGCCAGACUGCACAAGCUAUUCAAACAGUAUGCACAUUUGCGAGUCGCGGAGGAACCGGGAUUACAAAGCUACGUUUGCGAAAGAGGUUACGCCACCGAUUGUCUUCCUCCCACCGCUGCGUUUCCCGAUUUGAGGGAAUAG